AUUGUAUUGUACCUACCUCCUUAGGUAAUCUAAGAGGUACCUAUGUAGGUACCCGAUAAGUACGGAUCCGUACCUGCAUUAGAGCCAUCGGACAAUUGAAUUGAGUCUUGGGAAAGACGCACCAUAAUCCUUUUUUUCCCUUUUAGUUCGGGAUUCUCAUCUAUACAAAUCCACCAAUUCCAUACCAACUCGGAUUUCUAUACCCAUUCUAUUUAUCAUCCUAUAGUUAGUACUUAUACUUCAACGCGCGUUAAUAUGGCAACUUUACGUUCUAGGCAAUCGGGAGGUGCGGUUGGCGCAUCUCUACUAGAGCGAGCCCAAAUACUUUCUCGAUAUUCUCGAGCGAUAGCCGAGAAUAUUUUCAACAACUAGGACACGUUGAAAAAGAUCGUUCUAUGUCAUGAAGAUACAAUCCAGAAGCGCUGGGUCCAGAAACCGAAACACGAACGAGAGAAACUCUUGCUUGGUGCCUGGCCAAAUAUGCCAUCGCCGCAUCGCCCUGACAUUGCCGUUUGUAGGAAACUUGUUCCAAUUGAAAAAUGGAACAUGAGUCCGUUAAUGUGGCCCUAUAUAAACCUCGAAGAUCUAUGCAAAACAGAGCCGCUUUUACUGAUGCUCAAUUCUCGAGGGAGGCAUUCACCUGGCGAUUUCAUUAACUUCGAUUUUAAUUCGUUGAUCCCGGGGUACCAAACCCCAUACUACAAUAUUGUAUAUCUUCCAGGUUACGUUAUGUCUUUUGGGGAGCCUCCUUCGUUAGAGACAUACGGCCAGCUCCAUCCUGACACCGAUAGCGAUGUUAGAUUCGACCAAGGCUCGAAUCGGGGGGUUUUUACUGCAGACAAUGGCAUCCGAACUUUGGCGGUUCAAGAUCGUCUGUAUAAUUUUCUUAUUAAAUGCUGUGAAGCAAUUCUCCACGAUAUUCCAACAGAAGAUUUGACGCAGGCCGACCAGCAUAUCCUUUGCUCGCCCACGGUACUUAUGUUAACGAGUAAUUCGCCAAGGCUUCGUUUCUCCGCUAUCGACGCAUUUGAGGACCUGUAUAAACGACCAUAUAAAGUCGAAUUUAGUCGUAUCGAAUCAAUUGUUAGGUCCAUGCUCGUUGCCGCCGAAGAUCACCUCCUGUCUAUGAGGGAUGAUCCCGACUAUUUUAGGAUGGUUCUAAAUCAGAGGGAAGAAAAUUGCCCCAAACGCUUGCUCGACGCCAAUGGUCAGGGACACCCUACUUUUCUCCAGAACAAGAAUUCGUAUUGGGCAGGAUUAAUUCGCCAAGUUUUCUCCGAUGCCUUCCUAAUAUUCUGUGUCUUAGAGGCUACAUAUGAUUCGUUCCGUUACCUACACUCCCUCUUCAAGGAGUGGAAAGAAGAUCCUUCUCAAACAACGGCUUUGCCGCUACCUAUAUGUAAGAUGUUGUAUGGACUUACCUACAGCCUACCCCUUGUCUACCGCCAAAUCAUAGAUUGCUCGCAAUUGCUGGAAAGCAUUUCUGGCUCGCCUGCGCUGAGAGAAUAUUACUAUUACGAGCCCCAAGACUCGAAAGACGACUACUCCAUUCAAAUUCGGCGCCGACCUUGCGUUAAUAUGACCAAAAUUUGCACAGACACCAUGUACUUCCUUGACGCCAUAACCAACCCACGGAGAGGAAUACUAAUUGAGUUAGAAUUGCUCUUCCAGUGUCAUCCUACAGCGAAGUCUUUCGUGAGUAGCUGGCUGGGUGCUCAAAUUUCGAUCUUGGGUGUUUUAUGCGAAUGCAUACGCGUACUUCAGCAAUACCAGCCCCGGGAUCGGGGCUUGCUGCAAUACUGCAAAGAAUAUCCCGGUGAGAUUGAGAACUUUUACCACAGCAAUUUCGAGGUUGCAUUCAAUGUGUAUAGCAUACCUGGUUCAUUCUGGCACAAUAUGGCCGAAAUAAUGCAGAAUAUCCUCAUAGGGGAAUCAAAAUAUCCAAUACACGAACCUCGCAGUGGGGAAGUAAUUGAGCAGCUAUACAAACAAUUCUGGGUCAAAGUACUCGAUCAGUUGCAGAGAGCGGAUGUACUAAAGGAGUGCGCAAUUUCGGUAUUUUCUCUACCUGAUGAAUUUACACAUCAAGAAAAUUCGGAAGCCGAGAAGCCUACCAGUACGGCAGAAGAGAGCGCGAAUACAAAGAUGAAUGAUUCCACAGAAGAGUCCACAGAAGAGUUUUUUGAGUCCAGGGAAUAUCCUCUAUUCAAAGUCGACAGCCGAACUUUUGAGGUGUUUAGUACCUUAUUAUUCGAUGGACCUGAUCCUUGCAAUCCAGGAGAAAUUUCCUGGGAUGACUUUGUUCAUGCUAUGUUGGCCAUGAAUUUUACGGCGGAGAAGAUGUUCGGAUCAGCCUGGCUCUUCGAACCCAUAAUAAACCCGGAUAACGAGCUCAGCUGUAUUAUAUUCCACGAACCAUACAUGGGCGGCAAACUGGAGUAUACGAUGAUCAAACAUUAUGGUCGGCGUAUCGCCAGGAUUUUGAAGUGGGAAAGCGAUAUGUUCAUACGGGCUUGAUAAUUCGGGAGAUAAACAUCAGAGCUGAAUAUCGGAAUUGGUGGCAUAGGCCGUAUGGGGGACACUACGCUUGCCCUGAUAGGAUUGUGUAAAAGUGGCAAUGCGUCUUGAGCCAAGUGUUUAGCGUAUUCUACACGGAGGAUAUGUAUUCUCUCAUAGCGUCAGCCCUAUUACUUACAGUAACUUAGAAAACAGAAGCGGUAGUUCAUACGAAAUUUAAUGCUUUCUGACAAUCCAC